CCUGCGGACAUGGGGCCGCCUCCCUCCCCUCUGGCAGCCGGCCUGCUCCUCGCUGCCCUGCUCUUCCCAGGGCUGUCCGGAGCCCACGCUCUCGGCCAUGCAGGCAUCGAGCCCCCCAGGAUCCCCCAGGAAGCAUCUUCCCAACGAGGAGCAAACGGGUCUCUGUUACACCACCAAAUGAAACGCUACUUACCGCCGCGCACUCCCCCGUAUCCUGAACCUGAGCCAGAUUUCAAAAUUGUCAGCUGCCAACGAAGCGAAGAACACUGUCAAGAAUUUUGUAACUUUAUGGAAAUACAAGUAGGCUACUGCUCUAAAAAGAAAGACCCCUGCUGUAUGCACAGGGCAUGUUGCCAACCUUGAAGCCAAAGCUCUCCUCACUCUCCUCGACCUCACACUCAGUACAGGACAGAAAGUUUGGAGAAGUGACUGAGAGGGAGGGGUUGAGGCAAUGCCACCUUUG